AUAGCACUCUACAGGACCCGCCAAACAUACACACACAAGUGGACACAUGACAGGCCUGCUAGGAAACUAGUUAAGCUAGGGUUGCUGGUUAAUAUUUGCUAAUUGUAAUCAUGUUUGUAGCGCGAAGUAUCGCAGCAGAUCAUAAAGAUCUCAUUCAUGAUGUUUCGUAUGAUUUCCACGGCCGGAGAAUGGCCACUUGUUCCAGUGACCAAAGUGUGAAGGUUUGGGACAAAAGUGAGAACGGAGAGUGGCACUGCACAGCCAGCUGGAAGACACACAGCGGCUCCGUGUGGAGAGUGACCUGGGCUCACCCAGAGUUCGGGCAGGUUCUGGCCUCCUGCUCCUUUGACAGGACCGCUGCUGUGUGGGAAGAGAUUGUAGGGGAGUCCAACGACAAGCAGAGAGGACUGAGCCACUGGAUUAAGAGAACCACACUAGUGGACAGUCGAACAUCAGUGACUGAUGUGAAGUUUGCCCCUAAACACAUGGGCCUGAUGUUGACCACCUGCUCUGCGGACGGAGUGGUGAGGAUCUAUGAGGCUCCGGAUGUGAUGAACCUGAGUCAGUGGUCCCUGCAGCACGAGAUCUCCUGCAAGCUCAGCUGCAGCUGCAUCUCCUGGAACCCCUCAAGCUCUCGGGCCCACCCACCAAUGUUUGCCGUGGGUAGUGACGACAGUAAUGUGAAUUAUGGUGGCAAAGUUCAGAUCUAUGAGUAUAAUGAAAACACAAGGAAAUAUGCUAAAGCAGAGACCCUGAUGACCGUCGCAGAUGCAGUCCAUGACAUUGCGUUUGCCCCAAACCUGGGGAGGUCUUUCCACGUGCUCGCUAUUGCAACAAAAGAUGUCAGGAUCUUUAAACUUGUUCCUAUGAGGAAGGAGAGCACCUCUACAGGACCCACCAAGUUGGAAGUGCAGAUUGUGGCUCAGUUUGAUAACCAUAACUCUCAGGUGUGGCGUGUGAGCUGGAACAUCACCAGCACCCUGCUGGCCUCCUCCGGGGACGAUGGCUGUGUGCGCCUCUGGAAAGCUAACUACAUGGACAACUGGAAGUGCACGGGCAUCCUGAAGGGAGACGGCAGCCCCCUCACCGGCUCAUCGGGUCAGCCCACAGCUAUGAGCACUGUUGUGGGCUCCUCCGUUCAGACAUCCCAGAACACCCAGAACGGGAUGUCUGCAGGAAGGAUUGGCAAGAGAGCUCCCUUUGCCCCUCCCCUGCGGCAGCUGACCUCUCCAAAGAUAUCCCAGCAGCAUCCUGCAUAUUAUUAAUGUCUCCUCUGAACCAGCAACCAUUUGAGCUUGUGUUAAUGCAUUUGAAAUGUGUGAGUAAUGUCCCAUCUUAGGUUGUGCUGUUAAAAGCCCUGUUUGUGUUGAAAACUGCAUUUUCUGUUCUCCACAGUGUUCCUUUUUCUCUGAUCCAAUAUGUUUGCUGACGGUUCACCUCUUUUACUAACAUACACCUUUAAAAUGACAUGCACCCAUCACUAUUGUCUGCCAUUCACUUUUUUUUCCUCCUCCUUUUAAAAAAAAAUCUCAUAUCUCCUUUGAAUUGUUUCCUCUCUGUAUUCCAUUGUCAUCGUCUUCUCCCUGUCCACAUGUUUGUCGUCUUCGUCUCGAUCCAUGUUGUGUUGCUUCAGGUAUUUCUUUCCGCCUCUGGACCCUCCCAGAGCGGGGACCAGGUAUGGUCACUUGCUGCCUCCCUCCUCCCUCAUUGAGCACUGUGAUGCUGAGCCCAUUCAGCCUCAGCAACAGGCUCUUCCCCACAGACUCUCCUCCAGAGCACUGCUGCCUUUACCAGAGGCUGAAGGACAGUGAUGUAGCGGUGUUAUAGCUAGAAUUAAAAGGGAUUGAUUGGGGGAUGGGCACAAAACUCCCAAGUGCCAUUCAUUUCUAAUAAAGACUUAAAUGUAUGUCUCUAUUUUCUAAUGAUUUGUUCUUUUUCCUGUGCAUAAUAUAGAAAAAGGUGUCAUGAAGUUUUUGUGAAAUGUUUUGUUGUAUGGCUAGUAGUAGAGCCAUUUUUUGUAACCUUGAAUAAAAUCUGAACAUCUCA